UGGUCAUCUGAUCGCCCUCGCCCGAGGUUUCGGGUGGCGGCUCCUUUAAGAAAGCGGAACUGAUCCUCGGCUUUUGACGCGCUGAGGAUGUGGGCAGGAAACGCCAUGCAAGAGGGGAGAAGCGAUCACGCUUCCCAGCAGCGUUGCACAAUGCAGUGCGACCAAAAUGUGCUUUAAUCCGCCACGCUGAUGUCCAGGAGCGGUCACUCUCCUCGGAUCUCGCAGCUCGGGCUCGGAGGGUUCGCCGGUGUGGGAUUGGACUCCUGUCCCAGCGAGAGGGCAGCCUCCCCAGCCUGCUGGGUUUGAAAACAUCGGGGCUGGUCAGCGGGUGGGAGAGAGGAGGCUUCGUCGCGGAAAAAGGAGGUGUCUGCCUUUUCUUACCCCCCCACCCCCCCACCCCCUUUAGCCAUGAGGGAGUACAAAGUGGUUGUUUUGGGGUCGGGUGGAGUCGGCAAAUCCGCGCUGACGGUCCAGUUCGUGACGGGCUCCUUCAUCGAGAAGUACGACCCCACGAUAGAGGAUUUCUACAGGAAGGAGAUCGAGGUGGACUCGUCCCCGUCGGUGCUGGAGAUCCUGGACACGGCGGGGACCGAGCAGUUCGCCUCCAUGCGAGACCUGUACAUCAAGAACGGGCAGGGCUUUAUUCUGGUCUACAGCCUGGUCAACCAGCAGAGCUUCCAGGACAUCAAGCCGAUGAGAGACCAGAUCAUCCGGGUGAAGAGGUACGAGAGGGUGCCCAUGAUCCUGGUGGGGAACAAGGUGGACCUGGAGGGGGAGAGAGAGGUGUCUUCCGGGGAAGGCAAGGCGCUGGCCCAGGACUGGAACUGCCCGUUCAUGGAAACUUCAGCCAAAAAUAAAGGAUCGGUCGACGAACUGUUUGCAGAAAUAGUCAGACAGAUGAACUAUUCGACUGUUCCCAGUGGUGGCGACAAGUGCUGUUCAUGUGUCGUGCUCUAAAAAAAAAAAAAUAAAAAAAAAUACAUUAAAAAAAGAAAUAAAAUAAAAAACAAAAAUCAUACAGAACCAGUGCAUCCGGGCUGAAUUUGAGCUUAGUACUUGUCCCGCAGGCUUUUUGCAAAAGUAUUCUCUCUCCUCACACUGUUGUCUUAUUGUUGCACACAAACAAAAAUCGACGACGACAACAAUCGAUUAUGUAUAAUAGUCUGGAAAAGUGUUUACAUGACAAAGUACUUGAAUGUUUUGGGAUUUUUUUAUAGCUUUGUAUUUGACACUUCUCUGGAAAUGUGCCUCAAUGGGAAUGUCUUAUUGUGAAACCUAAGAGACACGUAUUUUCUGUUGUUCUCUCUCUCUUUUUGUGGUUUUACUUGUUGAGUUGUACUGUUGCAUCUUCUGGGCUGGGUCCAUCUGUCUUGGAGCUUAUUGGUGGUGGUGGUGGUGGUGGUGUUACUGGGGGUUAUUAGGCCGAAUCCCCAGGCAGAGACGGGAUUGGUCACCUUUAGGGGCUUUUGACUGAAGGGGGGCCUGAAAGUAUCUAAAAUCGCUCCAUAAAUUUAUCAAUCACCGCUCAAGCCUUGCACAGGUUCAUUAAAUCCAAUCUCAAUUUUCCCGCAAAAGGUCAAGUGUGAUCUAAGAGGCACAGACCCACCCACUAAGAUACUGUAUUUGAAGCUUUGGACUGUGGUGGAGUUGUGUUAACGCCUACGUAUUUUUGUAUUUUUGUCGUUUUUUUUACCCCCACCCCCCCCCAUCUCCGGUCUGGUGAAAGUGGAUUUAUCAUGGAGCUUGCACUUAGCUGAUGGUGUCCCUCCUCAGUGUGCACAAACACAAGGACCUUAGUGCAUUGCUGUCGCUGCAUGGGGAAAAGCCAUGACCCCAUGUCAAGUGCCUUCCCAAGAAAACUCCUGUGACUGUGCCAACUGAUGAGCCCUACUUCCUCUGCAGUGCGUCUUGAUGGCAAUCAGAACUUUUAAGCAGUUUUCAGUAUAGUCUCUAGUCUCAUUUGGUGUGAAAGUUAGAAGCGCCUCCUCCUAUUUUACUGUCAGGAAGCUAAGCUUGUAACAGACCUGCUGUUUCUGGGUCAGAUUCAGGCCGUUUCUCGAGGUACUAGUCCAACAAGAACAUUUUGUUGGCAAGCCAUGUCUGUCUGUAUUAUCUAGACUUUUUUUUCUUUUCUAAAAAUGUGACAUUUUUGACUUACCUUAAUUGUAAUUCUCCCUUUGGGCAAAUCUUCUGCCAUCCACUUGUCAGUUUGAAAGACUUGUAAUACAAAAUGCAUUUUA